GCGAAAUUGCGAACCGUCACAACAUCGCCAGUUUCGCUUCCGCACCAUCGUUCAUGUCGCUGAGUGGGAGGUGACGCUCAACGUACGACUUCCGUCAAUGUCAUAUUGUCAUUCAAGUAGCAAGACAAAUAAAAUUCUAUUGUCUUAAUUCCAGUUCAAUAUCAAUUAAAAAUGGAAAUACGUGGAGAUUUUGUGGCGUUUGGAGCUCUGAUGUUUAUUACGGGAACAGGCUUGGCGUUGAUGGUAGUGGGUUCCUGUCUACUGUCUUGGGCAGCUUACCUCUCUCCCUGGCUGCCAUCCUGGGUUUGGAUGACUCUUGCUGGCUUCACUGGCUUGGGUGUUGCUAUUGCUGCCUCCAGUGCUGCUUGUGCCAUUGCUACUGUUGCUCCCAAGCCUCAAGCUGCUCACAAGUGCCUGGUUUUACUGCUUGUGUUCCUGGCCCUGGAGAUUAUGUCGUCAGCCAUGAGUGCUGUACGGCAGCCUGCGUGGUCACUGAACCUUUACCACAGCGUUCAAAAGAACAUGCAAGAGUCUCUUGACGUGUACUCAACUAACAGCUCUGCUGCAGCAAUGUGGGAUGAAAUACAAAAUGAGGUAGAGUGCUGUGGGGUGGUGGACUACAAUGACUGGUUUACAAGUGGCUUUGGUGACGGCAUGAGUGUGCCAGACUCAUGCUGCCUCUUGCCCUCAACUGGCUGUGGUGCGGGAAUAAGAAGCCACAGUGACAUAGACGACUACAUCAGCACUCAGGGCUGCCUGCCAGUGCUGUCAUCAGGCUGGUCGAAGUCUUAUCGCAUGAUCAGCCGCCAAGCCUUCCUGCCCAUCUGUGUCAUACAAGUGAUCAUGGUGACGGUGAUCGUGUUGACGCUACGCAGCAUGGGCAGACUGGCUGGUCAUCUGCCUGUCCUCAUCCGCAACCCCACGGCCAGCAAGCCCCAGCACUACAGCCUCAUGACAUGAGGCUGCUGGGCAUUAGGGUCAGGCCUUCCUGGCUUCAGGGGUUGGUGUGGGGUCAUCGUGGCCUGAGGGGUUGGUGUGGGGUCAUCUUGGCCUGAGGGGUUG